AUGCUUGCAGUUAUAUCCUGCUAUUUUCCUUCGGUUUAUGAAACUGAAAGUUAUAAUUUUGUGGCUUUUUCAUAUAAUAUCGACUUUAGUAAUUUUACAUAAGUUUCAUGCAAUUCGUUUGGAUUAUGGAGUAAAUAUAAUCCACUUGGCAAUACUAUAUAAAUUGGAAAUGAAGGGAUGCUAGAUAGAAAUUGUUAUCAUUUAUUUAGUGUAUCAGAAUAAACAAAUAAAGAGACCAAUAUGUUACUUUAUGAGUGUUUGGACAAUAAAUAAUAAUCCAUAAAAAAGGUUUUUAAUUUUAUUGAUUAAGAUGGUAGCAUUUAUAAAUUCGAAAUACCAAUUAAUUAAGAUAAAUAUGAAUCGAUAUGGUACUAUUUCAAUUUUAUGAUAUCACCUAAAGACUCCAAAUUUCAAUUUAUCCUAUAUUCUAUAUCAGAGAAUGAUUUGAAGUAUUAUCAAGAAGUUGAUGUUGAGUUUCCAUUUAAAGAUAAAAAUUUGAACUUUCUUAUUGGAGGAAACUUAGUUGUAAACAGUUAAUCAGCUUUUUAUUCCGAAGAAACUUCAAGACUUUCAUUUUUUCCAGGAAAAUUUUAAUACUCUAAAACAUACUUUAUGAAUACAUGUGAUGUACCUUAUUUGAUAGGUGAAGUGUCAAAAUAUAAAAAUUUAUGCUCUUGCUUCAUAUAUGAUUUUAAAUUGUAAUCUCGGAUUUAUAUAAAAGGUUUAGAUUUACAAUAUUUUAUUUCUAAUUAUGUAAAUUGUAACACAUUCGAAUUAUAAGGUUGGAUUAAACUAACUGAUAUCAAUAAUAAUAAAAAACCAAUUCUAUAUUAAUUAAUUAAGNGUAAAAAUGAAAAGUUUCAUAAAAAUUAAUAAUUCAUGUGA